AUGGGUUUAUUCGGAUCAAAAAAUAAAGAAACGGGAUCUUCCCCUCAACCCUCAUUAUCGGAGGAUCAAGAAGCCGCCUAUAAGGGAAACAAUAGCUAUGUACCAGAUAUUCCAUCGGCGGAGGGUCAAUCGGAAUUCGAUGAAUUGCACGUGGUUUGUCCCCCGCAUACAACGGAGGCAAAACUUAUGCGAAAAAUCGAUUUACGGGUGAUCCCAUUUUUAUGUAUCUUGUAUCUUUUGGCCUUUUUGGACAGAGUCAAUAUUGCCAAUGCCAAAUCUUUCAAACUCUCAACAGAUUUGAAAUUAACCGGCACGCAAUAUAACACCGCCUUGACCAUCUUCUUCGUACCAUAUGUCUUCUUCGAAAUUCCAUCCAAUAUCCUCAUGAAACGUCUGAAUCCAAACAUUUGGCUUUCGUCUCUCAUGUUCUUGUUUGGUCUCGUAAGUAUUUGUCAAGGGCUAGUACAAAAUUUCUCAGGUCUCCUCGCAACCCGCUUCUUCCUCGGUCUAUUCGAGGCCGGUAUGUUUCCAGGUUGUUUCUACCUCAUCGGUAUGUGGUAUAAACGAUCUGAAGCUCAACGUCGCUACUCCUUCUUCUUCAGUAGUACCACAUUGGCUGGAGCAUUCGGUGGUCUUCUCGCUUCUGGUAUUGGGAAAAUGGAUGGACUGAGAGGAUAUUCUGGCUGGCGUUGGAUUUUCAUCAUUGAAGGAGUCCUUACCUGUGUUGUCGCUCUAUCAUUCUUCUUCCUCAUUCCUUCAUUCCCAGAAGAUGCAAAAUGGCUCACUCCAGAUGAAAGAGCAUACGUAAAAGCCCGUCUCCAAGUAGACCAAGGAAGAAGCGCAGCAGAGCGUAAAAUCACUUUCAAAGAUGCAUGCAGGGUCUUCAAAGACUACAAAGUCAUUCUCGGAGGCUUCAUGUAUUUUGGUAUGAUCAUCCCAGCCUACGGAUACGCAUUUUUCGCCCCAGGUAUCAUCUCCACCUACGGCUACUCCCCAAUCCAAACACAACUCCACAGUGUUCCUCCAUGGGCGUGCGCAUUCGCAUUCGCAAUGUGCAUUGCUUUCGCAUCGGAUUUCACACGUCAUCGAUUCGCAUUCACCAUCGCGCCGAUUUGCGUCGCAAUCACCGGUUUCGCUAUCCUUCUCACCGUUCACGAUAAUACAAAACUUCAAUACGCAGCGCUGUUCCUCGUCGCCAUGGGUGCAUACUCGGCCAUGCCAGUUAUAGUCUGUUGGUUCAACAUGAAUCUCGGCGGUCAUCACCGUCGCAGCGUGGGCACGGCCUGGCAAGUCGGAUUCGGUAACAUAGGAGGAAUCAUCGCUACCUAUGCUUUCCUAGCGAAAGAUGCUCCGGAGUACAGAACGGGAUAUGGAAUCUGUCUGGGCUUUUUGUGUUUGAGCGCGAUGUCGUGUUUGCUUUAUUUCAUAGCAGUCAUGUUUGAAAAUCGCCAGAGGGAUAGGAGACCCAGGGAUCUGGGUCUCACGGAGUCUGAGAAGACGGAGUUGGGAGAUUUGAGCCCUGAUUAUAGGUAUUUGUUGUAA